AAAGAAGGUAUUCCUCCAGACCAACAACGUUUGAUUUUUGCCGGUAAACAAUUGGAAGAUGGUAGAACAUUGUCUGAUUACAACAUUCAGAAAGAGUCCACCCUCCAUUUGGUUUUACGACUUCGUGGAGGCAUGCAAAUUUUUGUUAAAACGUUAACUGGAAAAACCAUCACACUGGAAGUAGAACCAUCAGACACAAUUGAAAACGUGAAGGCUAAGAUCCAGGACAAAGAAGGUAUUCCUCCAGACCAGCAACGUUUGAUUUUUGCCGGUAAACAAUUGGAAGAUGGUAGAACUUUGUCUGAUUACAACAUUCAGAAAGAGAGUACCCUCCAUUUGGUUUUACGUCUUAGAGGUGGAAUGCAGAUUUUUGUUAAGACACUAACUGGAAAAACCAUCACACUGGAAGUAGAACCGUCAGACACAAUUGAAAAUGUGAAGGCCAAGAUCCAGGACAAAGAAGGUAUUCCUCCAGACCAACAACGUUUGAUUUUUGCUGGUAAGCAAUUGGAAGAUGGUAGAACAUUGUCUGAUUACAACAUCCAGAAAGAAAGUACCCUCCAUUUGGUUUUACGUCUUAGAGGUGGAAUGCAGAUUUUUGUUAAGACACUAACUGGUAAAACAAUCACCCUUGAGGUAGAACCGUCUGACACAAUAGAGAACGUAAAGGCUAAAAUUCAAGAUAAAGAGGGUAUUCCACCAGACCAACAAAGAUUAAUUUUUGCUGGCAAGCAGCUUGAAGAUGGUAGGACAUUGUCUGAUUACAACAUCCAGAAAGAAUCCACCCUUCAUUUAGUUUUGCGUCUUAGAGGAGGUAUGCAAAUUUUCGUGAAGACCCUCACUGGUAAAACGAUCACUUUAGAAGUUGAACCAUCAGAUACAAUUGAGAAUGUUAAAGCAAAAAUUCAAGACAAAGAAGGCAUUCCACCAGAUCAGCAGAGGUUAAUCUUUGCAGGAAAACAACUGGAAGAUGGUCGUACCCUCUCCGAUUAUAAUAUUCAAAAAGAAUCCACUCUCCAUUUGGUACUCAGAUUGAGAGGAGGAAUGCAGAUCUUUGUAAAGACUCUUACUGGAAAGACCAUCACUCUAGAAGUUGAGCCAUCUGAUACAAUUGAAAACGUUAAAGCUAAAAUUCAAGACAAGGAAGGUAUUCCUCCAGACCAACAACGUCUAAUUUUUGCUGGGAAGCAGUUAGAAGAUGGUCGCACCCUUUCUGACUACAAUAUUCAAAAAGAAUCGACUCUGCAUUUAGUUUUGCGUCUCAGAGGUGGUAUGCAAAUCUUCGUCAAAACAUUAACUGGUAAAACUAUAACCCUUGAAGUAGAGCCAUCUGAUACAAUAGAAAACGUCAAAGCCAAAAUUCAAGACAAGGAAGGUAUCCCACCAGAUCAACAACGUCUUAUUUUUGCCGGGAAACAGUUGGAAGAUGGACGAACCCUUUCAGAUUAUAAUAUUCAGAAGGAAUCUACAUUACAUUUGGUAUUGAGGCUUCGAGGUGGUAUGCAAAUUUAUGUUGAAACAAAAAUUUAAGACAAAGAGGGCAUUUCUAAUUAAUUUCGAUAUUUUCUAUAUUUAAGGUUUUUGUACCUUUUAAAGAAUACUGAAAUAAAAGUUCUUCAAAUUUA